AUGCGCGAUCGUCUGACAUUUUGCGACGGCAAUUGUACGACACAGUAGGUGCUCCGCUGUGUUUUGUAUUUUCGAGCAUACUUUGUUGUCAGUGUAGUGAUACGGGUCGAUGAUUAACGUGAAUUUACGAGGUCGAAUAAAAUGUAGACCAAUAUAGUUUUUUCGAUUGAAAACAUCCGGGAGAGAGAGGAGAAAAGGAAAGAAUAGAAUAGAAGAGAAAAGGAUCGAAGAGACUGAGUCGGGGCAGGCUGCACAUGAGAGAGCACAUCGUACAGGCCGCGACUUUUCUCACAACGCUUAUCGAUCUCUCCGCAGGCGAUGCAUCUCCUUUGCCAGUUCUUUUAUGUUUGUAAACGAUUGAGUGCGAUUGUCAAAGGUCGGUGAAACCUUCUCGAUCGCCGAGUAAUCAGGAUCAAGAAUGGAAAUCGUCGGCGACUACGAGUACAACACGAAAGAUCUGAUAGGCCACGGCGCAUUCGCUGUAGUCUUCAGAGGUAGACAUCGUAAAAAACCAAAUUUCGUUGUGGCAAUUAAAAGUAUCACUAAAAAGAGUCUAGCGAAGUCGCAGAAUCUUCUUGGGAAAGAGAUCAAGAUUUUAAAGGAACUAACAGAACUGCAUCAUGAAAAUGUUGUUGCGUUAUUGGACUGUAAGGAAUCUAAUCAUUAUGUCUUCCUGGUUAUGGAAUAUUGUAACGGAGGAGACUUAGCGGAUUAUUUAAGCGCGAAAGGCACUCUCUCCGAAGACACUAUCAGAGUGUUUUUAAAGCAAUUAGCAGGCGCGAUGAAAGCGUUGCAUGCCAAAGGCGUAGUCCACAGAGAUCUGAAGCCACAAAACAUUUUGCUCAGUCACAAUUGUGGUAAAGCUUGUCCUCAGCCACAUCAAAUAACUUUAAAGAUUGCGGAUUUUGGUUUCGCUAGGUUUUUACAAGACGGUGUAAUGGCGGCGACGUUAUGUGGAUCGCCGAUGUACAUGGCUCCCGAAGUCAUAAUGUCGCUUCAGUACGACGCGAAAGCAGAUCUUUGGUCUUUAGGAACAAUCGUCUUUCAGUGUCUUACUGGAAAAGCACCGUUUCAAGCUCAUACUCCUCAAGCUUUAAAAUUAUUUUAUGAGAAAAAUGCGAAUCUUGGUCCUAAAAUUCCACCCGGUACCUCGCCUGAAUUGUCAGAUUUAUUGAUGGGUCUACUGAGGCGUAACGCCAGGGAUCGUAUGCCCUUCGACGAAUUUUUUGGACAUCCUUUUCUUCAAGGAUCUAGAGAAAGUCCGAGUCCAGUUCCGGCCGAGCUUCCCGCUUCGCCUGGAACUUUGAUAAUCCAGGAAGGAGCAGCUGCUGUAACAAGAUCGGAACCAGACACAACAAGCCCGUGUUCCAGUCCUGAAGAUGACUUUGUACUUGUGCCAAGUGAUCUGAGCAGUGACAUGGACAAUAAUCCUAACACGCAACAAGUUAAGUAUAUCAAACAAACAAAUAGAGAGGCGGUAAGUCCACCAAGGCCCUGUUUCUUACCCAUUUUGGAACCCAUUCCCGUACCAUCUCAAAGAAGUAUAGCUCAGCCGUCGUCUCCUUCCACCAAUACGAGGUCUGGAAGCAGCGUUGUUCCACGCUCUCAACCAAUCAGUAUGAAACGUAGCGUGGAUUCGCAUAGAAGUCAUGCUCCCGACAUUGGCUCUCUUAGUCCGCCAAGUGUUCAAUUUGUAAUUGGUACGCCACCCAGCAGAAGAUUAAGUGAAACACCCCCGCCACCAAACACAUGGCAAGUUAGCCCUGUUACGAGGUAUUCGCAUACUUCUAGCGGCACGUCACCGUUGAGACGUUCAACCGGAAACAACAGUGCGUCCUCGCCGCUACUAACAGGACCGUUGGCAGUGUUGGGUUCGCCUACAUCGAGAGCUUUUCAGGAUAAUAACAACACGUUGAGGCAUUCACCUGUUAUUCCUUUUGGUACAAGAGCUGUCACUCUUCCGGAAAUAUCUGAGGCUGGUAGUUUUCAAAACCUCCUACCAGAAAUAAAUCCUACAGCAAAGGAUGAUCGUCCCUUAACGUUCAUCGCUCCCGAACUCCCGGAGGAAACGCUUUUAGAACGGGAACAUAGCGAGAUAUUAGCGAAGUUGAACUUUGUUGUUGCACUAUGCGAAUGUGUGUGCGAGGUGGCGAGAACGAGAGCAGGUCCUUUAGGCGCACCUCUGGGUGGCAUUGAACAAGCAAGCAAUGCGGCGACAAGAAGAAGGGCCGAGCAAGUCAUUCUACUUGUUCGUGCUCUUCAAUGGCUCAGUUCUGGAUUAAGUCUCGCAACGCAACAACUUAAAGCUGGCAGACUACAACCGACUGCCAGCGUUAAAAACGUUUUGAAUACAAUGAAUGAAAAAUUCCGAUCGUGCUUAACAGAAUGCAAACAAUUGAAUAGUGCUGGACUUCUUCAUCAAACAGGAGCUACAGCAGACAAAAUCCUUUAUAAUCAUGCUAUACAAAUGUGUCAGUCGGCAGCACUGGAUGAAUUAUUUGGUAAUCCUGCAGAAUGUUUCCAACGAUAUCAUACGGCACAAAUAUUGCUACAUUCGUUAUCACAGCAUGUCAGUCACAGUCAAGAUAGAGCUCUUCUUAUAAAAUACAAGGAUGCUGUUGAAAAACGCUUGUACGUACUCCAACAGCAAGGUUACAUUUACGCAACAGAUCCUACAUAGCGCUUAUGAGAUAUGGAAGCAGGAUACAAAGACCCGCCCAAACCCGUACCGUAUUCGAUACCUCUCUUCUGUAAGAUAUUCUGCCCUAUUCUGUAUAAAAGAUGUUAAUUCAUUGAUCAUACUGCACAGAGGUGGCAUUGUAGAAAGAAGAAGCAAAACUAAGAUUUAAGCGUAAUAUAGUGAAGAGUUUGUUAGAUCAACACAGAAUAGGGUAGAUUAACCCAUGAAAGAGUACGAAAGUGAUUCUUUACAGGUUUCUUUAUAUGAUUUUAUUAAUGACGCGGAUAAUGAAUUAUAAUUACAUAUGUAAUGUAUAUAUUAUAUAAUACAUAUAUAUAUACAUAUGUAUAUAUAUAUUUAUUGUAAUGUACGUAUGGUUGAUUAACUAACCUUUAUUUCAUAUCAAAUAAUAAAAAUAUGUAUACUAACGGUA